UUUAACUGAAUUUGGAGGAUGAAGUCCAGCCUAAUGCAUUYGGUUCCUCCAGUGAGUAGGGAAAGAAUAAUCUCCCAGUUUCCCAAGUGGUACACACCUGAGGCCUGUCUGCAGUUUAAAGAGCACUUCCAUGCACAGGUCAGGACUGCUUGUCAGGAGAGCYCUGAAACAGCAGGGAUGAAAAUAUCCAAAGUGGUUGUGGUAGGAGACCUGUAUGUUGGGAAAACCAGUCUUAUCAACAGAUUUUGUAAAGAUAAUUUUGACCGAGACUACAAGGCAACAAUUGGAGUAGAUUUUGAAAUGGAACGUUUUGAGAUAAUUGGAAUGCCAUAUAACCUCCAGAUAUGGGACACAGCAGGUCAGGAAAAGUUCAAGUGCAUUGCAUCUGCUUACUACCGAGGAGCAGAGGUUAUAAUAACAGUGUUUGAUCUGGCUGAUAUCCAAACUUUGGAUCACACCAAACAGUGGCUAGAAGAUGCAUUGAGGGAGAAUGAGCCAGAUUCCAGCUUCAUCUUUCUAGUUGGAACAAAAAAAGAUUUGGUGUCAGAUGCAGUGUGUGAAAGGACAGAGCUGGAUGCCAUCCGUUUUGCCAAGGAGAUGAAUGCGGAAUAUUGGUCCGUUUCAGCCAAAACAGGGGAAAAUGUCAAAGAAUUCUUUUCCAGAGUUGCUGCCUUGGCCUUUGAACAGUCCAUGAUAAAGGAGCUGGAGAACACUCCUGGGCACAGGGCCCAGAUUGGGGAAGGAAAUCUCAUCAAACUGGAGAAGAACAUUAUGGAAAUUCCAGAAGACAACKCUCAAGUCAACCUGAGUUGCUGCUAACUGUCAGCUGUUUCUGCAAGUGCCACACUUCUCUGCAACAAUGCUUUCAAGCCAGAAAUAGAGAACUUUAAUUUUAGAAAUGAGGGAGGAAAAACUUAUCCAAACUUUCUUGCUGAGAGUUCCUUUGCUGCUGCAGGCUCACCGUGCUGGGYGGUACAAUUGUUACAUAAACCUUUCUCUGUGUAGUUGAAACAUAACAUCCUUCUCUUAAUGCAAGAAGACAUUGCCAGUGCCAUGUGCUCACCUGUCUGCCAGAAAGGCUUGUAGUCAAAAAUGAUGUCAUUUUGAUGUGUUAUUCUUUGAUAAUUCUUUAGAAGUCUUAGCUGGAGAAGUGGUAUUCUCAUGGGAGCAGGAAACAAGUGGCAGUUCAAAAUAAAGGGUGCUGUCUAUAUGCUUUUGCCUUUUAAAAUCAUUCUGUAAAAUAACUCUGAUUUGCUUUUAUGCAUUCCAACUAUUUAAAAACUAUUUGAAAAUAAAUCUUUUUAAGUAUCAGGACUGGAAGUACACAAAUGCAGACUGCAUAGUUUCCACUGUGGUUUCUCCAUCCAGGAAAAAUCUGUAUUACUUUAAUUUUCCACUUGAGAAUCAGAGUCCAGUAUUAAAUAUUUCCAAGCCUAGAAAAAGUCCAGGUAGGAACUUGUUUAUUUUAACACAGCUGCCUAUUAUUCUGAAAAUGUUGGCAGGUAAGAAUGCUAUUCUUUUCCAUUCUCUUGAAUAAGAAAGAAUGAUCACAUAGGUGCAUAACAUGGAACAUGUAUUAUUUCCCUCUAAUUUUUCCAGUAACUCUCUGAAYAUCUAAUAUUCAGUUGUGUGUAUCUAGCUUAGAAUUCCAUGUUUCUAGGAUUCAUAGCCAGCAUUUCAGGCUAUGCUGGCAUAAAAAAAAAAUACAAUGCUUUAAAUUUCAUACUGCAACUAUUUUAAAUGGAGAGAAAGAAGAAAAUCUAUGAACAGUUAAAAGGUACAGUUUCUCAAGAUAUUAAUUCAAUCAUUGCAAAACAAUAGUAUCUGGAAAACUAAUUAUAACAGGACAUUUCAUAUUUUAGCUGCUGAGAAAUAWAGACAUUUGUUAAUAAAUACAUCAAUCUGAAAAUAUUUUGGAUUCUCUCCCAAUUUUCCCACAUUCAUAAGAAAUGGGAARAAGUGUAGAAAAGAUAGCUUAAACAUUCUUUUCAUUACUUUUUUCUUAUGACAUAAGUUAGAGCAGCUUCCUAAAAUAUGCUGAAUAGAGAUCUAGGAACUCUGUGUCUUUUUUUAUCAGACAAUCUUCACUUUGGCUAUUGUGCUGCCUGUUGGCAAAGACACAAAUGUAGCAUUUGGUGGAAAAAAUGAAUCUAUGAGGGUAUGUAAGGAGCUCUUUAUCCAAAUGUGUAAUAUUUUGACCUUAUGAUGUUGUAUGCAUUUGUUCAAUUCCCAAGUCUGUUUCCCAAGGAUGAUGAAUUUAUACUGUCCUUUAGCAUGUGCUGAGCUGGGUGGGCAGUGUGGCCAWGGCCUUUGUGUUUCCUGAGUCUGUAUGGGAGUAGAGGAGAUGGUUCACUCUGCUGCAGCAAGUCAUGCUAGCUGGGCUUCAGUGCUGACAUGAGAGAUAGUGUUUACAGUGCAAAAUGACUCGGGAACAAAUCUAAGAAAAGGUCAGGGUUUUUUUUUUUCCCCACCAAGAAAUAUAUCUCCUAAGGGUUUCUUUUGUUGCUGAGCUCAAUUGUGCAAAAUCACAGAGAUGCAAUCUCUUCAGCAACAUGAUCAGUUUUUUCCUAAGGAUUCAGUACAUUGCAUGAUGUUAUUAAUGUUUUGUUUCAUCUGAAGCUCCAAUCCUUCACAUACAAAUGCAAUACUCUGUCAGUCAUCAGCUACCAUGGGACAGUGGUCUGAGUUCAGCUAUUAUAUGAUAGAUGCUUUGAGACUGUGGGGGUUUUGUUUGUUUUGUGUUGGGGGGUUUUGUUCGUUUGUUUUUGUGUCUUUUUUUUUUUGUUUGCUUGUUUGUGUUGUUUGCGGUUUUUUGUUGGUUGGUUUUAAGGGUGUUUUUAGCACCACUGAAACUUCCCCUGUAAAGAAUUCUGUAAUGRUAAUUUAUCAUCUAAAAUAAAUCUUGGAUCGUGUUGCGAAUGAUGAGUUUCUUAGGGAAAGCACAAA